AUGGUUACAGGCUUACGGCAGCAGUCGACGAAAAAGUUCUAGAAAUCGAAGCACGUUGCUAAAGUUUGAAAAUUUGUUUAGAUACAUGUAGAAAAACUGCAAAUCUGUAAUAAUUAGCAAUUGUUACUCGUCGUGUUCUGAUGCACGUGCACAAACAAUAUUCGUCGUCACAGAGCAUUUUACUUGUUAGGAAAUUCGGCAAUUCAUCAUAAGUUCUAACAAAUUAAUCCCAUAUAUAUUGUGUCCUCUGUUUCACUGUUUGCCACCCUGAUGUUUUACGGCCAUUGCAAAUAAAUAGCCCAGGAGAUCUAGAAAAAGGGAUUAGGCUCACUCCAACUAGUUAGCUACCUUGGGACGAAGGUCUGGCCUACAUAUGAUCUUCAUCUAGUUCGAAACUAUUCUGCCAAAAUGCCCCAAAAGAAGAGUGCUGGUUCGCUAAAAGCUAUCUGCCUAGCUUAUAUUUCGCGAAAUAUGGAUAAAUUUUGUAACGGAACGGAAAUUAGUGAACAGGUGGACGACGCGGAUGCCAUCGGUGUCGGAGAAAACACAACAAAUCCCAUUCACCAAUUGCCCUCAGUUUUGUUGGACGCCCUUACCGAAAUUAUCACCCAAAGUAAAAAACCUCCAGAUGUUACACAAGCCGAAAAGUUUCUUCAUCAAAUCAUAACACCGCGCCUCUCUACUCUGGAUUUAUCCUUAUACUCAUUGGGAAGUGAUUUCCAUUACAUUUUUGCACUCGCUUCAGUCAGAUGCAAGCACCUGAAAAAAUUGUGGGUGGGUCAUCGCAGUUUUUGUAACUCUGAUUUUUUGGAUUUCAUUCCGAAUUUUUCAAACCUGCAAGUACUAGACAUCGACAGUGUGAUAAACAUCAAAUUCACGUUGUCAGGAGAUGAUUUAUUUCAUUUUCUCGGAACACAUUGCAAAGAUUUAAGGGAUCUUUCUGCUCCAAACAACCAGGUGUCAGAUGCUGGAAUUCACGGGCUAUGUGUGGUGGGAAACUGCAAACGACUUCGCGUAGUGAAUGUGGAUCGUAACCCCAUAACAAACCGAGGAAUUCGAAUGGCCCUUGACAAUUUACCUUUAUUAAAGAUCCUGUAUCACGAGUCUCUUGUUGAAGGUUUGGCUUCUAUAGCAGAAACUGCGUUAGAUCAAAAGAUACCCAACACCCCCAAACAAUACUCGUUGUCGUUGCUCUCUUACGACUGUUUCAUGCAGAGAUUCUAUAGAAGUGGCACUCUUGGGCAGUCGUUGCUCUUGUGUCCUUAUAUUACGGAUUUACAUCUAAUACUGCCUGGAGGAAUUAAGAAUGCUGAUCUUUUAAGCAUCCUUUCACUCAAAACGCUCUAUGUCUUAAGUAUCCAUCUUGACAAUGGGUUUUCGAAUAGAUUCGAUGAAAGCGUCACGUUUGACCGAGGCAUUCUUCCACUUCUGAAAUCCUUUGGUAAAUCGUUGACGUUACUCCAAAUAGAAGGACGCGUCCUGGACAUUGAUAUUUCGGCAAUUAUCCGAUUUUGUCCCAAUCUGCACACUUUGAAUCUUAGUAGAAGCCGUGAGUUGCCCCGGGUUGCAAAUCUAGAACGGGCACAGGUAAACACGAAAAUCCCCGUAUUAAUGCAUCUCAGGAAGUUACGUUUAGACGGCGGUAGUAAUGACCAACAUUCGCUCGUUUCUCCUGAAAAUUUGUUGAAGUUGUUGUCGUCCCCGUCACUCUCUUCUGUUAGCUUAGGUUACUGUAAUACUCUAACUGAUGCGAUUCUGCAAAAGGCUAACGACCUACACUCUUUUCGUAAUCUUGAGUUCUUGAGUAUUGAUCGCUGUACCUCCGUCACAAAACAGGGAAUCGAUGUCUUCAUGCAAGAGAAUAAUCCCCUCGAGGUAAUCGGUUUCUCCCGCUGCGGAAAUAUUACGGACGAAGAUGUGAACAACUGGAAAGCGAUGGCGACCGAAAUGAAUUGGGAGUUCAGAUUAAGUGCUGACCCUUAGUUGGAUUAUUUGUUUAUGUUGGGAAUAAAAAGCCUUCCUUUACUUUGUACAUUUCGUCUCCUAACCCAUUCCUUUCGCCCGGAUCGAAAUGCUCACUUUUCCGCAUCAUCAGUUGAGGAAUGUUGUGAGGUAUUCUUAAAUAAAUUUGCUUUGUUUCAUGGGAGCAUUUCAAUCAGUAUCUAAUUCUCGUUACAUUUUACAAAUACAAACAAUGGUCAAGUC